AUGAGUGUUGAGAAGUUUAUUACUCUAAGUUCUGGUUACAAAAUCCCAACGGUAGCAUUGGGUACCUAUAUGAACUCCAGGCCCCAAAACAUUGUUUACGAAGCCUUAAAAUGUGGGUAUCGCCACUUUGACACCGCUGUUUUGUACGAUAACGAAGCUGAUGUUGGUGAAGGGAUCUUGAAAUGGGUUAAAGAAGACCCAAUUAAUAAUCGAAGAGAGGAAGUUUUCUAUACUACCAAGUUGUGGAAUUCAGAGUGUGGUUAUUCAAACGCCAAAAUUGCAAUCAAACGAUGCUUGGAACGGGUCAAGGGAUUAGAGUAUAUAGAUUUGCUAUUAAUUCAUUCGCCCCUUUGUGGACCUUCCAAAAGGUUAGAAACCUGGAAAGCGAUGCAAGAAGCUGUGGAUGAGGGUAUUGUCAGAUCAAUUGGUGUUUCCAACUAUGGUGCUCAUCAUAUUGAUCAGUUAUUAAAGUGGGAUGGAUUGAAAUACAAACCGGUGGUUAACCAGAUUGAAAUCUCUCCUUGGAUUAUGAGAACCAAAUUAGCAAACUACUGCAGAUUAAAAGGAAUUGAAGUUGAAUCAUACGCCCCUUUUAAUCAUGGCGGAAGAUUCAGUGAUCCAGUUUUGAAGAAAAUAGCUGCAAAUCACAAAGUCACUACAGCUCAGGUAUUGACUCGCUGGAAUCUACAAAAAGGGAAUAUUCCUUUACCAAAGACUAAUACUAUUGGUCGUUUAGCUGAAAAUUGGGAUGUCUACAGUUUUCAGUUAUCUGACUCUGAGAUGAAUGAGAUUGAUCAACCGAACGCCUAUGAACCAAGUGAUUGGGAGUGUACUGAUGCUCCUUGA